AUGCCUCCCAAGUUAGAUCCCAAUGAGGUGAAGGUCAUCCACCUCCGCGCCACUGGCGGUGAGGUCGGGUCUUCUGCAACCCUCGCUCCCAAGAUCGGUCCUCUCGGUCUCUCACCCAAGAAGGUCGGAGAAGACAUUGCGAAAGCCACCGGUGACUGGAAAGGUCUCCGCGUCACCGUCAAGCUGACGAUUCAAAACCGACAAGCUGCCGUCAGCGUCGUCCCCUCUGCCUCGUCCCUGGUCAUCAGAGCCCUGAAGGAGCCUCCUCGAGACCGAAAGAAGGAGAAGAACAUCAAACACUCCAAGUCGAUCCCCCUCGAUGAGAUCUUCGACAUUGCCCGGACCAUGCGUGGUGCGAACAAGUCGCUCGCUCGCGAGUUGAAGGGUACAAUCCUGGAGAUUCUGGGCACGGCAUUCAGUGUCGGUUGCCAGGUUGACGGGAGAAGUCCCAAGGACAUCAGUGAUGAGAUCAAGGAAGGGUCAAUUGAGGUGCCGGAUGAAUAG